AUGACGCCCAGAUGUUAUAAGCAUAAAUACCCUCCUUGGGAAGCGGAAGGGGAGUGUUACGUCCGCUGGAUAAGUGACCCUGAGGCCCGUGACUGCAUCAUUCCUAGAUCUUCUUUUAGACUUGGAGAUAUGAGAUACCGGGGGUUUGGAGUGCAUAUUGAGCCAGAAACUAUCCCAUUUAAUUACGAGGAGUGGAUCCACGAUACUGACUAUCCAGCCGGACGUCCUGACCGAACUGCCGUCUACCAACGAUGUGAAAUCGUGAAGGGCUCGCGACGAGGUCCAGGCGACACGCAGUCAAUGUGGAUGUGCAGGUUGGGGCCAGGUGUGAUAUUCUUUCAAGAUCUCCCCACAGUGCUUUUUCCCAUGGACCCUCCCGUCUCCAUAGUCGCCCAGGCGCUCUACCAAGAGCUCUUCGUGCUAUGGGGUCUUCAGCACCUGGUGUUCGAUAUUAGGAGAACCGCGACCGAAACACUCAAAUGUGUCGAGCAGCAAAUUUACAAGGGACUGCCAUUCCCCUCUGAGCAACGUCUCCUCUGGCGUUAUCCUUCGCCAGAGUACAUCGCAUUGAUGGGUACGCCUGUUGGCAAAAUCGUUGCCAGCUUUGUCCUAGGUGCGUACGGCCAGGGUGUCAAGCACGUCUCCCGAAUCACUACUUGGCAGUCUCAGGUUAUGUCUGACGCAUACUACAUUCGAUUUGAUAUUGAUGAUAUGUCUUGA